AUCCUUCAAAAUGCGGGUAAGCGCAUUAAUGGCAUCAGUUUUAAUGGGUUAUUUCAUCCAGACUUGUAGCAGUGCAAACAUUGUGGUUCUAUACGGAGUAUGCACCAAGAGUCACGUGAUAGCCGUCAUGCCUGCUGUCGAAGAACUAGCACUGAGAGGUCACCAGGUAACUGUCAUUUCUCCGUUCAAAGGCAUUGCAAAAAACGUCCAGAAUGGCCACGAAAUAGUCUUGGCAGAUAUUGGUAAAAGGAUUGACGAGACUGAGGUCGACUGGUUCUCUAUGCAAAAACAGGGAUCGACUCAAUUUUUUAACAUGAUGAUGUUAAUGAAAGCCAUUUCUUUAAAAGCCAGUAACAGUAUUUUCAGUCAUCCCGAAUUUCAAGAGAUCGUCAAAAAGCGACAAAUUGAUUUGUUCAUCGUGGACGGCUUGUUUCACGAAUUCCUUUACCCCGUGUUCGACCUAAUCAAAGUGCCGUUCGUAACUCACGGUGCGUCGUCUGCUUUCCCCGGCACGUUGGUUGCCAUGGGCGCACCAUUAGAUUACGCCUCCGUUCCGAUCCACACAACAGAUUUUGUAACACCCAUGACAUUUACUCAACGGCUGAUGAACAUUAUCCCCACCAUGGGUUGCCUUAUUUCUCAUUCUAUCGUGAAAAGUUAUUUUCCCGGAGCACGAGACAUAGAAGAAGUGCUAGGAGAAGCUAGUAUUUGCAUGAUUAACAGUCAUCCGAUGACUAAUUGGCCGCGUUCGCUACCACCCUCCAUGAUCCCAGUAGGACCCUUACACACAAGGCCAGCCAAAACGCUUCCACAGGGAUUAAAAGAGUUUGCUGAUGCAGCAAAAGAAGGUUUAGUAAUAUUCACGUUAGGAUCGGCCGUUCCCGUUUCAUCGAUGCCAAAGGAAACGCUUGCUUCUUUCAUUCGCGUCUUUUCGAAAUUUCCACAGCGAGUGGUCUGGAAAUGGGAGGCUGAAAUGCCUUUAAAUUUACCAUCUAAUAUUAUGAUGGUUAAGUGGCUGCCACAGCAGGAUUUCCUUGGACAUCCGAACGCACGACUUUUCAUUACACACGGUGGGCUGUUGGGCACUCAAGAAGCAGCAUACCAUGGAGUCCCGAUGUUAGGUUUGCCAUUUGGAAACGAUCAAAGAGGAAAUGUUGCAAAAGUUAAAAGGGAAGGAUGGGGAUGGCAACUAGACUGGGACAAAAUCAAUGACAGCGUCUUGGAAGAAACUCUAAAUUACCUCAUUCACGACCCAAGCAUUCGGGCAAAUGCUUCUCGAGUGUCACGUUUGAUGCAAGAUGAAAUUAUACCGGCAAAAGAAGUUGCCGUCUACUGGAUGGAAUACGUCAUCCGCCACGGAGGUGCAAAACACCUCCAACUUUCAUCUAAAAACAUGCCAUUUUAUCAACGUCAUUUGAUUGACGUUGCCUUAUUUCUCAUUCUCGUUGCUGUUGUCCUCUCGUACCUGUGCAUUGCCACCAUUCGCUUCGUAGCUCGUAAAAGGUUUCCAGGCAAGAUAUCGAAGCAUAAAUUAAACUCUCUUUUUCGUUUUAUGCCGCUGGCAAAGAACCUUGUAACGUGCUAUGUGAUAACAGAUAUCAUAUUGCGUAAACUACGAGUGGAACUUUAUGCUUCAUCAUUGUCAUCCGUUAUCGGUCAAACGGGCAACUGA